AUGGAAAAUCCUAAGAAAGCAAUCCCUUACUCAAGUGCGUUUAUAAAAGAAUUACUCAAUACAUAUGGUAGCCCAUUGUAUAUAUACGACAAAAAAAACAUUACAGAAAAUGCCCAGGAAUUAUACAAUGCUUUUUCAUGGCAUACGAAAUUUAAGAACUAUUUUGCAGUAAAGGCAACGCCAACAGCAAAACUGCUUUCUCACCUACACAGCAUUGGAAUGAACAUGGAUUGCAGCUCCUAUGCAGAACUUACCCUCGUCGAGAAAUUGGGUUUCAAGGGCGACGCCCUCUUUUUUAGCUCUAAUAAUACCCCUCGCAAAGACAUGAAAAAAGCUCUUGAGUUAGAAGCUAUUAUUAAUUUAGAUGACAUAAGCCUGCUAGAUUUUCUCAUUGAUACAGCAAAGGAUAAAGAAUUCCCCAAGACACUCAGCUUUCGUUUUAAUCCUGGACCUCUUAAAGAAGGGAAUGUAUUUAUAGGAAAACCCGAAGAAGCAAAAUACGGGCUUACUUACGAACAGCUCUUCCCUGCAUUUCAAAAAGCACAAACAAUAGGCGUGCAGAAGUUUGGACUACACACUAUGGUAGCAUCCAACGAACUAAACCCUUACUAUUUUGUUGAAAAUGCGAAACUACUUUUUAGUGUAGCCGUAGAAAUACAAAAGAAACUCAAUGUAAAUAUAGACAUCAUAAACUUGGGGGGCGGCAUAGGUAUACCUUAUAUGCCUGGACAAGAAAAAGUAGACUACAACAUCAUCUCUCAAGGCACACAAAAAGCAUACAAAGAACAACUAAGCCCAGCUGGGCUCAACCCAGCAAUCUACAUGGAAAACGGUAGGGUUAUCACCGGCCCUUAUGGAUACCUGCUAAGUACUGUGCUGCACAAAAAAGCUAUAUAUAAAGACUACGUGGGCUUAGAUGCAUGCAUGUCUCAGCUUAUGCGCCCAGGCAUGUACGGAGCAUAUCACGAAAUAACUGUGCUAGAAAAAGAAGAGCUUCCUAAAGACAAAACCUAUGAUGUUGUGGGAGGCUUAUGCGAAAACAAUGAUAAAUUUGCCAUAGAUAGGGCGUUGCCAACUAUUGAAGUAGGAGACAUAGUAAUAAUACACGACGUAGGGGCACAUGGUCAUGCUAUGGGGUUUAAUUAUAACGGAAAGCUUCGUUGCGCAGAGGUGCUUAUACACGAAGAUAUGCAACAUGAACUUAUACGAAGAGCAGAAACAGUAGAAGACUAUUUACGCACAAGUAUAUUCUAA